AUGAGUCUAAGCUGGCUAUCAACCAAAUCCCUUUUCGGGCUAACUAUCGGACUCGGAAUUGGAUAUGCAGGAUUCAACUUCCUCUUCCACAAAAAGCCCAAAGCCCACACCCACGAGACUUAUGUUUCAAAAACCCUUCUCCUUGCUAUACUAAAAGAAAUAAACAGAGAAAUGAUCGCGCUCGCCAUCUCCCUCGCAACAACUGCAGCUCAAAUCCGAGAACAAAUGAGCCCAAAUUAUCCUGAAAAGAUAAUCCUACAAAUGAUAGAGUCCAGCAGUAAGUAAUAUCUAGCUUCCUUUCCAAAGCAAAUGGAAUCGCUAGAAAAAAGAGUUUAUGAAAGAUUUAAUACAAAUAAAAAGGUCGUCGAAAAAGCAUUUAAAAAGGAUUUUCAUGAUGAUCCGUAAACCCUAAACAGUGAUAUCCAAGACCUCUGUUUAAAGGCUAGAAAAAUCGUCGAAAACGCGUUUAAAGGGAUACUCCCAGUCAUAGGAAGUCCUUUACCAGAUUUCAUGACGUCUGAUUUUGUGUUAAGUAUUAUGAGAGAAAUUUAUAACAAAAAUACAAAGGCUACACUUAUAAUGAUUAGAGAAGCAGAAACUAAAGGAAUUUUAAUCAAUUUUAAAGACCAGCGCUUCAUUGAAGUGACUCAAGAAAUUGAGACAAAAAUAGAGCUUGAAAAGCGGGAGAUUUUUGAAAAAUACCGAUUAAUGCAUUAUGAAGAUUCACCAAGCUGUAUCAUCCAUAAUGCCAUUAAGCAAUUUUCGCAGAAUUCAAAAGAGUUUAGGAGAGAGUUAAAUAGGAUUGAAAAUGGGUACCACAGCACGAUUCAGCAGAUCAUGCAAAAUCAGCUUUCUAGGGACCAAGAAUUCCAGAUAAUGAAUAGGCUAGAUUAG